GAGCUAGAAAAGAAGCGGUGGGCAGAUAUGUCGUCGUCCUUGUCGAAGCGCAGCGUGUCCAUGUCGGAGCCGCCCGUGAACCGCCGCCAGCGCUCGCGGGACAUGCGCUCGCUCGACGCGGUGACGGCCGAGCCGCACUCGAACCAGGCGCCGAGCCCGGCCAAGAUCGACUUUGAGUCGAUCACGUUCUUCCUCUCCGUGAGCGACCUGAACCUCCAAGCGCCGGCGAGCGCCACCGACAGCCUUCUCCGCGGCGCCAUGAGCUUCUUCCACAAGGCGUCGGCGCCGACGAAGACGGUCGUGCCCGAAUCCUUGGUCCACAUUGACCUGCAGAGCCGCCUUCGCGACACGAUUCCGUUCCAGACGGAGAAGAUUCGCAGCCGGAACCCCAACUUCUCGCUCGGCAUCUCUGUGCCCAUCACUGCACAGGAGAUCAAGGCACAGGUUCUCUGCUUCAGUAUCGUCUUGACCGAAGAGGGCGGCGGCAAGACCGUGGCGUACGCCGAGCUGCCCAUGAAGGACCUUGUGCGCAAGUACUUGCACAACGCGUCAAACCUGCACUUGCAGCUCAAGGUUCUCUCACACAUCCACACGGCGCCGACGCAGACGACGUCGGCCCGAGGCGCCAAGCCCGGCGGGUUCCUCACACUCAAGCUCGCCCGCGUCGCGCGGCAGCCGCACCCGCUCCUCACAACCCAAGACACGAUGAUGCGAAGCUACGCGUUCUACAACGGCGAGUACUCAACGCCGAUGAUGGCGACGGAAGAAGUCGCUGAAGUCGACCUCUACACAAAGGUGCCCAAGCUCUUCAUGCACCACAUGCUGCUCGAGUGGCGCACGCGGCUGAGCCAGUGGCAGCAGCACGAGAUCCCGACCUCGGACCUCUUCCAGAGCAGUGACCCGACCAUUGACCGCGUCUUUCGUGAGAUGCUCACACUGCACGCGCCGUCGUCGAUGCUAUCGCAGGACUUUGUCGAGGACUACCUCGCCGAGGUCUCCAAGCAGGUCGACAUGAUCAAGGACAUGGCCGUGCUCGCCGAGCUCCUCGAGGAGAACCACGUCAUGUUCAAGCCGAGCUCGACGAGGGAGAAGGUCGAGAGCCUCGCGAUGGUGACCAACCUCCACCUCUCGUACUUUAAGCUCUACUGCGGCGACCAGCCCUUCUUACGGCUCCGGUCGCAGUCGAUGGACUUCUCCGGCGGCGACGCGUUCGACAAGCAGCGCACGUGGUCGGGCGACUUGGACGCGCGCAUCUCGGUCGCGUCGCUGCCGACGCCAUCGAUGGACAAGGGCAAGCACCGCCGCGCGUUCCGGUCCAACUCGAUCGACCACAGCAUUGCCGAGCAAGAGCCAGCGUUUGUGCCCCGCGAGCGCAGCGGGUCGAUCGACUUUGAGACGCCGGAAGCCAUCAAGGCGACGUUUGAGAUCGACACGCUCGCGUCGAUUCUGACGUGUGCGAUUCCGUCGGCCGAGGCGCUCGACGUCGACUGCCAUGGCCUCAUUGAUAUGGAAGAGGCGCUCGUGGAGCUCGCGACGCAGAUCAAGUCGGCGCCGGCCGAGCCCGCGACGCCCAACAAGCACCGGAUACCGACGCCGGUCAAGAAGAGCGCGCAGCCCAGCCCUCGGCCGCCGCACCACCACCACACGCCGUCGUCCAACCAAGACGACGACACGCGCUCGAGCUCCCAUGGCUCAUCGUCCAACAGCACGGACGAUGGCAUGGAGACGCUGACGCGGUCGGCGCGGCGCAUGAACACGUUUACGAACCUUGUCGGCGAAAAGGUCAAGCGCACCAUGUCGUCGGCCAAGAUCCGGUCCGACUCGAUGGACUGGGUUAUCAAGCAGACGACGGGCGUCAAGGCCGUCGAGCCGCCCUCGAUCGCGUCGCUGUGGCAGCAGUGGGAGAUGCUCAAGCUCCGGUACCUCUUCCGAAAGAGCGUGUGCAUCUCGCAGAGCCUCACCGUGCUCCUCACGGCGUUUCUGACCAAGCUCGAGACGGCCGAGAGCGACGACAUGGAGCAGCUCGUGCGCGUGGGCCUCCUCGUCGGCUGGGAGAGCCUCUGCUACCCGGCGGGGAAGGAGUACAAGAUGCUCUCGGACGCGUUCGUCGCGAUCAAGUUUCUCGAGCACUUUGAGCUCACGCUUGCGUGCGCCCCGGAGAAGCCAUUGAGCCUCUCGGUCGUCCAUGGCCGGUUCCGCGUCGCCGUCGGCGUGCCCGCAGCCCACUUUGCGUCGCUCGACGCGCGGCUCCAGAGCGGCCACGUCAUCAAGGUCACGAGCGUCCUCUUCACGCAGGGCAUCAACGAGAUGCAGUCGCUGGCCAAUAUGGUCGGGUCGGCGACGGGCUUGACGCUGCAAGCGCGCGUGAACCGCGAGAGCUUCCAGUCGCUGCAGCAGUACCACCGCGCGUUUCUGGAAAUGCAGAAAGAGCUCAACGUCUCGAUGCGCUUCCGGCUCAACAACGACACGAUGCUGGACGCUCUCAUGCCGCUCGUGGGCCGGAAUGCGAGCAAGGUCAAGGCGCCGUCGCACACGUGGAUGCUGCUGGAAGCCUCGGACAUUACGCGGCGCCUCAACGGCGUGCGCGUCACGUGCUGCUCGACGGGCGCGGACCGCGCCGCCAUGUCGGCGACGUUGGAGCAGGCGCGUAUCCUCUACUCGAAGCGGUCGGCCAACACGAACGCGAGCAACGAAGACAACGAGCUGCUCAAGGCGCGCGCCAACACGAUGCGCGAGUACGGCGUACGCAUCGCCGUCGCCAUGAAGAACUCGGGACGCUACGAGUACGCCUUCAACUCGAUCCAGCGAAAGCUCCUCCCCGAGCUCUACCGACCGCCCGUCUCGACGAUCCAAGACAUGGCCUCGUCCCUCUUUUAACGACUUAUGAAAAUAUAAUACUAUAGCGUUCCGAA